AUGUUGUCGCCAGAGAGUCUGGUCAAGGCGGGCAUUGCCCUGGGCUCGUUGGCCGCAGCAGGGAUUUGGGCGGGGGCCCUUGUGCCUCUGUUGUGGACCGCCGGGGCGUUGCCCGCCGUGGGCGGGAUAUCGAGCUCGGAAGACGAGGAGGGGGAGGAGGAGGAGAAGGGGGAGGAGAAGGGGGAGGACGACGACGAGGAGGUGGAGGAGGAGUAG